GUUAAGCUGUGCGCUGAUCGCGUCUAGAUAGCGGAUGUGAGCAAAUAAAUGUUUAAAGCGGCAGAUAUGUAGUUCUUUGUAAAUAUUUAUUUUAAUAUGAACAUAAUUUAUGCAAUUGAGUGAAGUGUGAGUGCUUGCACCAUUGCACCUGGCUGAUACGUGUAAUUUUUUGCAAGAGUUUAAAUAAUAUACAAGUAAUACAGUCUGUGUGCGUGCCUAUUUCGUCACGGUUACUCCCAAAGAGUCUUUGUUGCGUGUUGGGAACACGUUAAACUGCCAGUAGAAUAAAUUGUUUGGUAGCUUUAUUGAAAGGGUCAAACCGGUUUAAUGCCACAAUGGACGCAAGCAAUCGUGUGGGAGCGUGCUAGCGGCAGAGCAAAUAUAAGAUCAACAAACAUCUUAGAAUUGGAUCAUUGAGUGCAGGAGUCCAUUAAAACAUACCUGUGUACAUAUAUAAAAUAUAUAAUCAUACAAUUUUACUUGUACAUACUUUUGUAUUUACGAAGUGAACUACCUAAUAAAUAUGUGUGUAGACGUUGUGCAACCUUUACAACGCCUUUUUUAGUUUCAUCAAUGGAUUCAACUCAAAAGCCUCAAUCACUUGCCACCUAUGAUAACCAAAGACACUCGCAAUUCGACAGUAUGGCCGUUUCGAAUAACUUGAAUACGAGCUUAGCAAACCAACCACAUGGACAAGUAGAUGGUUUGGAGUUAGAGCAGCGGCUGCAUGCGCCAUCUACACAUCCUUAUCCCUCAAAUUUUGCAACAGCGUCCAAUCUCCACAUGACAGACAAUAGCACAUCCUCGUUGAGCACUCAACACCAUCAGUACCAUUACAUACAGUAUCCACCGUACUACUAUUACAUUGGCAUGCAUUCGCAAAGACAGCAACAACAACAGCACCAAGAAUCACUUUUGCAUGGGCCACAGCUUACGGGAAUGCCGGAAGUCGCCUGUCAUUGUCAUUGCUCGUGCGGUGCCCAACAACAACAGCAGCAACUGCUAAGUCAACGACAAUAUCAGCAGCGAAAUUUUUCCGCUUCCACCACAGCCAUUGGGCAAGCGCAGCGCGAGGAGGAUUCUAGCAAAAUUGUAGUGCAAGUGCAUUGUCAAUCCAAUGGUGAAACGGAUUGCGAACGUGAACGCUCCACACUGCCACCGACCAAAGCACAAUCAGAACAAUCCUUACUGAAUCACUCCUACCAAGCGCUGCAGCUGCAGUCAACAGCCGAAGAGAAACCAUUAAAUGUCGAAUGCAAUUCCAAAUUGAAUAUCAGUUGCGAUUGUGAUUUGGAAUGCACUUGCGGUGCUGAAAGACUCCGCAGCGCUGCAGCUGAGCCUGAUGCUAGGCACAGUAAAUCAGCCGCUGCUGAUAUGGAUGCAGAUGUUUUGGACACUCCAUCGCCAUUGAAAAAUCAGAAGCAAUGUCAACUGGAAGCCAUGCUUGGUGCUGAUGAGAUCACUGUCAGCGAGUCGGACAACAAUAGCACUAUGAUUAAAAAGAAGAAGAAAACAGGUGGUGGUUGUGCGCAUAUCAACAAUGAGAUAAACUCUUGGUGCAAUAUGCAUGAGCAAAAUUCUCCACUGGCGGCCGACAAAAACUGCGAUUGCGAUUAUAAUUCCAGCCAAAUCGAAAUCUACAGUGAUGGAGAGAGUAAAGGUGGUCGCGAUUCUAUUGAUGAUCAGCGACCACCACUACCACCGCGACCGCCACCUCCGCCCAGAUUGCGAAAUGCCACAAUAACAGGAAAUGGCGGUCAUCGUCAUGGGCCGGGUAUAAAAAAGUACGUGGUGUGGUGCCUUAUCUGCGGUGGAUUUUCAUGCCUGUUGGGCAUACUGUUUUUAGGUGUUUAUUUCCUUUUGCAUUCAUACACCAUUACUGUGGGCAAUUUUGAGACAGUGCCGACCUUUGUGCCCGCGACAUUGUUGAUCCUCACUGGAAUCUGUAUAAUGAGUUUGGCACGCCGACGAAAUCGGUACAGUUAUUUGAUUAAACUUUCCGGCGUGUGUGGUCUUAUCUCAGCACUGACAUGCGCACUCGUGACCGUCACCACAACCGUUCUACACAUGAGCCGCUUGCAGGCGUUGCGAGAGUGCGAAUAUGCGCAAAAGACACGAACUUGUACUUGUUACUCGGAUAUGAUAGAAUCUCAAGUAGAUCGUGUGGACAAAGAAGGUGUUCGACUCGUGUUCGAUUCACUAUCUGACUGUGGAGUUGUUCAUGGCUCACUCUACUCCUGUUUACGUGCCAUAUUUGGACUUUCUGUCGCAGGUGUAUUGGUUGCUGUGUUUAGUUGUAUGCUCGUUUAUCAGCUGCUCAGUCAUGAGCGCAAAAAGAUGUAUUGGGAGCAGCUGGAGUUGCGUUGUCGCUCGUUGUACACCAGUCAACAAGGUCCUCCCCCAAACAUGGCCGCCAUGGGUGGUGGUCGUGGCCCAAUUUGUCGCUGUUGUGAACAGUGUCAUCUGCACCGCCAGGCGCCACUUCAAGCAACAGCCUAUCCUUGGGAUGAUAGCGGCGAACCACGUUUUUGGACUGGUCAACCACCUGGUAACUUUUAUUCACCUAAUCCGGGUGGCGACGAUCUGCAUAUGGCAAAUGCGGGCACAGCUUGCCGUGGUCAUAGCGGCGCUUCCGGAGCGCGUAGCCGCAUGACUGGCUGGAGUUGGCCGCGCAUGCCCUGGCAACGAAACUCACCCGUAUCGAAUGCAAGGCAAUUUCGUCAAACACCAUCCAGUCCAGAUUCACAGUACGGUUUCACGAACAAUGCGCCUACAGUUGCAGAGAAUAUGAUGACGGACGCAGAUGCCACACCAGCAGUUGCGCAUAACUCAGCUGCACCUCCUUUUAAUGUAGUUGGCGGCGCACUUCCAUACGGUGUUUGGGGACCACCACCGCCCUAUAGCGAUCCCAACAGCCCGGCACGUCGAGGUUACUAUCAAUACAUAGAACCAAAUCCAUGUAGCAAUAACAUUGCUACUACCAACAAUAUCACCCAUAGUAGUGGAAAUAUCUCGAAUGAGAAUAAUGUUAGCGCAGCAGCCGAGCAGCGUAUACCUUGCCUUAAUCAUCGCUCAGUUUUCUUGGAACAGCAGCCGCAUCAGCUCAAUAACAAUGGCAGCAAUUGUUGUCCCACUGCAAGUAUGCGGCGCAACUUAGCAAAGCGUCGCACGACUGGUGGUGGCGCUAGUAGCGGCGGAAGUGGUGGUGAAGAUGCCUUGAAGUCAAAGACUUGUGGUGGUGAUUACGAGAAUACUCCAUCGGAGAGUGAUGGCUGUAACAUGCGUGACCGGUUUUCGAACACUUUGCCCACCCGUAAAGUGAAGAAACGCAAUGAAACUAAUUUAAAAGCCAAUGUAAUUGGAAGUGCAAACCCUCAACCAGCUCCACGUCUUUCUAUGCAGCAGGUCAUAGCCAAUACCGAUGCGAAUUGCACAAAUGCAACGACAGAGUCCACGCUUGAUGGUGACGAAUGCAUGGAUCAAAUAAAUGACGGUAUGUGCGAUGAAGACAUUAAUACGGGUAGCUGUGCCUCCUCGCGCAUUACUGCAAGAGCGACAUUGCGUCGCAAACGCGGCAUUGAAAAUACUGGAUUUCAGUCAAAUAGCGAAAGUGGUAUUGCGACCAAACCCAUAGCGGGAGGAGAUUCAGAUGCUGUUGUAAUAGCGGCAGAUAUGCAUGGUGCCGGUGAUCCCACUGAGUCAGAAGUGUACUUUGCCGAUGUGAGCAGUUGCUGUAAUAUGUCAUUAAAAAAUGAUAGCUACUACGAUGAAGCUCAUCAGACUCAACAUCAUUUAGGUUCGCAACAUCACCAUCAACAUCAGAACAGUAAUUGCAGCCAGAACAGCAGCAGCAAUAAUGAGGAUUACCUAGCGCAACGUUUCGGGCAACGAGAAAAUUCAAUACGUAGUCGCCUACCAUUCCCACAGACACGAAAUAACGACUACGAGGAAAACUUGAAUACGUCUCACCAAAAAGAAAUCGGAGGCAGUGUCACUCCAGUUAAUCAAAUGCAUAAAGAGAUUUCACGCCAAAGCAUGUGUUCUGUGGAAUCAGAGGCGCAGACCGAUUGCACCGACUUGUCGCCGGCCACGCCGUGUAGUAAUAAAUUCGGUCAGACUAGUUUUGAAGGGAAAAUCACAACGAUUAUUGAUAGCAAUGAGACGGCUGUGCCACAACGUACAACUGGAGGUGCGUUGCCUAACUUCGUAGCUAAGUUUCCAUAUUCAUCAGAGUCACAAAGUUUAGAAGCACAUCGUCGCUCUACAAAGGACAUUCACGAUCUAAUACUCUCUUCAGAAGCACAUUAUGAAGUGAUCAACGACAACCCGCAGCCAACGCCGCCCUGCCAGUUUACCGCACAACAACCAAAUACGCGUAUUAGCAAACCACAACCACAGCGUCCAACAAAUCUGUCGGCCAACAAAACUAAAACGAAACAUAGUUUGAAAACGCGUGAUCGUAUAGAAGCGAAUGUGCUGCAGAACGAACGAGAUUGGCCGAUCGUUAGUGGGGUAGGUAAUGCAAACAAGGGGGCGGGUGUUGGCGGUGGCGGUUGCGGCAAUAGCGAACGGAAAUGCUUGUGAGAAGAAGUUUUCGUUUAAAUUCCUGUGCUCCAAUGAGAGAGAAGCAGCUUUGAAAAAGUUUUAGUAAAAAUCGAAAGGUUGGUUUGUAAGGUUUAGACGAGUUUUAAAAGAACAAAGGGUGCAUACGAUACAAUGGAAUUCAAAUGGUUUUUGAGUUUGGAAGUGUGAAAGAGUUGAGCUGAAAAAUUUCCUUAGAAAAAUUCAUGAGAAUUAUCAAAUCGUGCCUAUUGUGCCUUAAACUUCUAACAACAUUUUCAAAUAUGAACAUUUCACCUUAGGUACAAUAGUUUGUACUUCUGUUAGUCUCCUGUUUUGGAAACAAAUUUCACCCUCCAACAUACAUAAAUAUUUCUGGGUAUUGCUAUGGUUUAUACCAUACUAUACGAGUUUCUAAAUCGAUUCCAAGCCUGUAACUGAUCUGAAGUUUAAAUUAAUGUUUAAUAUGUAUUCGGCCACCGUGAAUGAUCUAGCCGCAUAUCGAUGGCCCGGAUCUACUUUAUCUCAACUGGUAGAGAGCUAUCAAUUUAAUUUAUCUUAAACGCCUAACUCAGCCGCGCACAAUUAUUUCAUCUUAUCUCAACGCUGUCAGACAAACUAUCUUCUCUUGGCGUACUGUUCAAGAGUAUCAGCUAAUUUUUUUGCAUAUUUUCUUUGCACUUUUAGACACCUAUUUUGAUAAACAAUAUAUUUUUCUGAAAAUAAUACAAUAUAUGUAGUUUAGUUCGAGUUAAGAUAGUUUAUCGCACUCCUUAUACCGUAGGAAUUUUUCAUCUGCGGUAACCACUAGUAAAAUUUUCUGUAGAAUAUUUCAAUUAUCUAUCCACUUUUUUAAUUAACUUUCAGUAGCUUCAUUAAUAAACGAGUCACAAAGGCCCGCCAGAUAGAAGUUAGGGUGCUAAAAAGUUGUGUCAAAAAAUUUCUGGCUGCAUUUCUUUGGAGGCCUCCGAAGAUAAUAAUGACAUUUGAACUCGAAUUAUACAAAUAAUUCAGGUGAACUAAAAUGUUUAUGACUGAAAAAUGUUAACCUUAACACACUGUAACGAAAAAUGUGAUGGGAUGGUGCUAAAUCAUCUCGGGAUUUGACUGUUAUCCAGAGAUGCUACCGUUUCCAAUUGGUGUGGCUGAGACCUUAAUGCCCAACAACGCUUCAUAGUUUUAUUCAAUACAAAAUUUUUAGAAUCAUGUAUAGAAAACACUGCUAAAUAAUGAAUUAGAAUAAUUAGUGAAAAAUAAUGAGUUGACUAAAACUUCAUUCAGUGAAUAGCAAGACACAGUAUAUUCUCAAGUUAACGCGAUCUCUCAAAUAUACAUACAUAAUAAAUUCGCAACAAAGAAAAACAACUCAUUACACAAUUUUUGCAGUCAUAUUCCACUGCCCAACAAGGGCUUAGUUUUUAACCAUACAAGGUAACCUAAAGUUUGCCUAAGUGAUCAAUAUAGAUCGCAUGUGAGCUUUGUGGCUGGUCCUUAGUGCUGCCAAAAGUGUAGAUGGUAUGGAGACACAUUUUAUACAAGUACACUAUUGAGAAUUUUAACAAAUUUCUGUUACCCUUAUUCGCAAUAUGUUUCAAUAAGGAGAAGAACGUGAAAUCAAAACAACUAAGUCGCGUUCUGCAAAACACUGCACAGCGACACGGAACAUGUUCCUCAUCAUUUCCUACGUACGCAUACGAGAUUUGUAAAAAAAGAGAUGACUAUAACGAAUUUUGUUUUUCUAUUUACAGUAGAAGUAAUUCGCCAUCUAAAAUAUGAACUUUUGUCAGCGCUUUUUCCACUUAUUGAAGUAUUACUGAUACGCGCUUUUCGGCAUGGCCGUGAGCUUUUUUAGCUGUACACAUACAUACGUGGUGUUUAUCUUCUCAGUAGUGGCAAAUCUUCGCUCUUUUAUGAGUACUUUCGAUCUUGAGAACAGGAAAAAGUCUCAGGGGGCUAAGUUCAGUGAAUAGAUGAUAGAUGAAUAGGAUGAUAGAUUUACCAGGAUUGGCCAAUAACUAUGGUGAAAACAAAAUUGUGAGGAAACUUCGGGUACCACGUUACGGGGGGUGAUUCGCCAGCCGAAUUCUACCAAGGAUUAUAGAUACCAGGUUUGCUCGCUAGGUAUGGUGAAAAAAAAUGUUGAGGAGAACUUUGGAUUCUACGUCAUUCGUUUUGGGUUGAAUAUGUGUGAAAUUAUCAUUGCAGAAUUCCAUGGGAAAAAGAUUUUUGGAGAUGUACUGAGCGAAUUCGACAGAUAUGCCGACGCCAUUCGUUUUGGGCUUCCCUAAGCUAAAGCUAAAUUUAGUGAAACCCAAAACGAAUGACGUCGGCAUAUCUGUCAUAUUCGCUCAGAGCCGAAUAACGGUCUCACCAUAGAAUUCUGCAGUGAUAAUUUCACACAUAUUCACGCACUCGUCCAAUCAGUCGUUGUUCAGACAGGAACGAAGUGAAAUUAUGUUAAUUUUUUUCGUAUAUCAUUGCCACAUUCUUAGUUUUUUCGUAAACAAACUGAUUCAUAGCUCUUGCUACGUCAGCCCAUCAGCUGAUUCUGUCAAAUUCGCUGAGAGCUGACUAACGGUCUGAUAUUGGCCACGCCAUUUCAAAUCUUUUCACCAUGAGUCAUCAUCAUAAAUUCCUAGAGUUCCAGUGUGGAACAUAGGGCCACAACGAAUUUCUUACUUUCGUGUCUGGUUUGCGCUAAUCUCUUAACUUUAUUCCAGCUUAGCUGCAUGACGUAGGUUUCUAACUCCAGCAGUUGUCUCCAGGUAUUCGCUGGUCUUCCACGUCUGCGUCUUUCUUGGGGAUUCCAGUCAACGGCGGCCUUUGUUAAGUCACCAUCUAGUCCUCUGCUUAGAGCAUGGCCAAUCCAGCCCCAUUUUCUCUUUCGGAUAAUAGUAUUGGAUUCUGCGGGGUUCUGGCUCAUAAGUUAGCUUUCGAGAUAACAUUUGGUCAGAAUAUUUUGAGAAUUUCUCGAAGGUAUCUGCGAAUCACCAUGAGUGAAUAGCAAAAAAUCACCAAGCACCCACCCACACACACACUUACACCCUUCAUAUCUCGUCAAAAACAAACUAAAAAUACAAAUGACUGAUAAUUUUAAAAUAUAUUGGGGGCAUGUGAAGGGGUGGGAGGGAAUGGGAGACAUAAUAAAAAAAUUGAAGUCGUAAAUCGAAUGUGCCCAUGUAUCCCAUGAAGUUUGAAAAAUCACAGUUUUUUUUAACAAAUUUCGUAUAUAAUUAGACUUUUCAUUCAAAAAGCGACUUCUUUGUUGUUGGCGUCCAAUUCAUAAGCACUUUAGCCGUCCAUCAGCUCCCAACGUUUCGAUAGUCGCCUUGUCAUACGAACAUAAUUGUGUAAAGGUCUCUAAAGCUCAUAUCUACCGUUAUAAACAUGUAAAGAAUACAAAUAUACACACAUAAAGAAAUUUAAGCAAAUAAACAUAUUUAAAUAUCAUUUUAAAUUGAUAGCGUAAACAUUAUAAUCAUUUUGCAAGCCUCUGCAUUUCGAAGCUGGCAUCUUUCCUAUACCCGAAUUGUGUUUAAGCUCAACUAUUUAAUAACUACAUCCACAUAUGUUAGUAAUAAUGCAUCUAUACACAUAACUAUAAGUUAUUUAUUCAUUAUUCUACUACAACAUAAAUAUCUACUAAGUUCCAAAAGCUAUCUUCGGUGUCCAUAAAAAAAUACAAACAUACAGAACUGAUUUUAUGCAUGUAAGUAUCUAGCAUACUCGUACAUUUGUGCAUAUGUAUUCGUUAUUUAGAGUUAAGUGCAUAUCUAACGUCUUCGAUAAAUAAAAGUAUUUAGUAUUAUUAAUUGACAAUACAUACAUACAGCAGUUAUACGCAUUAGUUGUGUACACGUGAAAAGUUUUAAUGGUUUAGUAAAUCUACACACAUACAUAAAUAAUGUUGAUAAAUGGUAUUCAUAAAAGAUGUAUUUAAAAGAAAAAUUAAAUAAAUAUAUACACCAUAACUACGAGUACAUACAGAUAUACACAUAUAUGUGCAGGUGAAGAACAAACAGCAUUUUUAAUGGUGUUGGUUAUGUUUUUAAUAUUUAAAUAUUUUGCUUUAAAAGAUUUGUAUAGAUUUAGUAUUAAUCUUAAAGUUAAUAGGCUCAUUGUUUAAGAUGCUCUAUAAGUUUUACUUAAAGAAGCUGAUACAAUAAAUAAUUAUUAUUAUGCUGGUGCAUAGACGACUAAUGUAUUAAUAUAAUUAUCACAUAUGUAUGUUUUUAUGUAUGCGUGUUUUUAAUUUAUGAUUUUUGAUUACUGCAUUGAGUUUGUAAAAACUUCAAUGAUUUUAAGUUGGUAGUUAAGCGCAUUAUAAAUCUAUGUAUGUGUGCAUAUGUAGACUGUUAGUUGUGUGAAUUUGUUAUAUAAAAAUGAACUGUAGCUAAAGUGAAAUAUGAGUGAUUAAUAAAAAGCUCUUAAAGAUGAAAUAA